CUUGAACACUAUACGAGACAUAUAUACACGAGUACCAGUCAAGUAAUAACCACGCGGCGCAUGCAACAUUUCAGCAUUGCAUUUUCUUUCAUAAAAGCGUGCUUGCUGAGGGUCGAUCACGAAUCGUACAAAAUGACGAAAAAGCUGUACGUGGGCAACCUGCCCUAUGACUGCACGGAUGAACAGUUAGGAGGACUGUUCUCCAAGUUUGGAUCAAUCACAGAAUGCAAGGUCAUGGGAAGAUAUGCAUUUGUACACAUGUCAACCGAGUCUGAAGCCAAAGAGGCCGUGGAUAACCUGGACUCCUACAAUUUCAUCGGCUCUAAUCUGAAUGUCAAGUAUUCGACCGGAAGCAGUGGUCGAGGUGGUGGCCGAGGUGGUGGCAGCAUGGGCAGCCAGGCCAGGACCAAGUUGUACGUGGGCAACCUUCCCAUGGACUGCACGGAGGCCCAGCUUCUGAAGGAAUUCUCCAAAUGGGGAGAAGUUGCCGAGUGUGACGUCAUCAGAAACUAUGGCUUUGUUCACAUGAAGACAGAGAGUGGAGCUGUCGAGGCCCAGAAGAAUCUCAACAACAUGGAUUUCUACGGCAAUAGCCUGGUGGUCAUGCAGUCAACCAGCAGGGUACACAAGGCACCGGGGGUAGGGAGUAAAGGAGAGUGCUUCCAGUGUGGCAACAGGGGGCAUCUGUCCAGGGAAUGCACAGAAGGAGGAUAUGACCGAUCAGCCAGAGGUCGUGGCCGAGGCCGUGGUGGUUCAAGUCGUGGCGGUUACCCACCAAGGGGCGGAGCUUCCGAUGGGAGGUCCUACAAUGGAUACAGCAGCAGUUCAUCGUCCUAUGAUCCUUACUAUGACUACCCUCCUCCAAGGAGACCCCUGCCUCCUGCCGAUGAUUACUACGGCAGAGAGGGCGGCAGCAGACGAUAUGCUGAUGACUACUUACCCAGGAGAGCAGUCCCUCGUGAUUAUGUGGCAGUACCUCGCGAAUAUGCAUACGCCCUGAGACCUAGAAGCAGGAGCCCACCACCAGGGUACAGAAGACGCCUUUCACCUGCAAGGGAGGAAUAUGACCGUUACUAUGAGCGUCUGCCCCCCAGGGAUCCAUAUGACUACCCACCACCCAGGCGACAACCUCCUGCAAGGGUACCUCCUGCGAGGGUACCUCCCAUGAGGUUACCACCCUACGAGGAAGCACCUACCAGGCCCAGAAACGGCACAAGCUUUGCCGACGAUGUCACUGUUUGAUGUCAUGAAGCCAAUCCAAGAUCCUGGAUUGAUCGUGAGGGUGUCAAAUUUAGUCCAUCGUCCAGCCUCUAGUUUCAAUUAGCAGCUGAUUUUUAACCCCCAGUGAUGCCUUUUUUUAUCGAUGAUGUCGUUUGAUGUCCUAAGAAGUGUUUGUGUCCUGAGAUUCUUGACUUAAAUCUUGUUAAUUUUUAUAUUUUUUUAUCUCCUGUGUGUGUUUUUUUGUUAUUUCUGCCACAUCGCUGAUGGUCACACUAAUCAGGGGAAGAAGUGUGCAAAAACAAAUAGUUACUAAUUUCAAAUUUUUGUCAGCAACCAGUUUGAUCUGUUAGGGGUGCAGGCCAGUAAAUAGGCCCGAAAUUGCCUCUGCUGGCCACAUCACAUUUUAUAUGGCCUCAAUUAUUUUUGCUAAUAGAGCAAUUUGCGGGCCAUGAACAUAAGGGUUUGUUACAAAGAAGGAUGGAAGCCAUGUACAGGACUAUGAGCUCGUACUUCUGUGAAAUUCAGAUGAAACUGGGUCUAAAAACUGCUCUAUUUUUGCAAUGCAACGUAGGCAUUCUUUUUCAAAAUGGCGAUGGGCUUCAGGACUACUUUUAGGGGUGAUCAUCUUAAGAUGGAAUUUUCUCCCAAAAGUCGUCGGUAAACCCCCCAAAAAGUGAACAGAAAAUGAAAGACGAUGAACUAAGCUUUAAUUUGAUGUACAUCUCAAACACCAUGGAGAGUCGUGAGUAUUUUUCAUUUUUUUGGAAGUGGGCGUAAUUAUCAGUGGAGUCUAUGGCAGUUUAUUUACUGCACACAGCAGCUAUCUUGGUUGUGGUUUUAUGUCAUUUUGAUUCAGUGACAGUGAGUGCACAAUAGGCCUGUUCAUGUGCCUUUUGCAACAAAAGCACUGGGCUUCCAAGAUGGCUGCCAUCUCUUGCCAAUCAUGCCUGCAGAUAAAUACAGUUUGAAUUGUUUACCUUCAUCACUGUCCUACAAAGAUGAAAUGCCAAUAAUGCACAGACAGUACUGGAUAUCUGGUGAUUAUGUAGAAACGGGCCCUAUUUAAAAAAUCAACUUUUAGUGGCGUGGAUAGAGGGCAGUGUUUUGAUUUUUUUUAAGUCACCGCGACGCACCCGAAUAUGCAAAACCGUGUUGAUUCACAUGACAUCACCUGUAAAAAUGCGUAAGAAAAAUGCCUUUUCUAUCAAAAGAUACUGUUUCUAAUUAAGAGAAGUCUGCUCAAGGUUACAGAAGUCAUUUUAGAAUGGAAAAGAAAAACACUCCUGACUCUAACUUGACCUAGAAUUUCUACAUGUAGAGGGGCCCGUAACUGCACAAUCGCUCGGUAUCUUACCUCAUGAAUGAAGGCAGGCAACAGUCCUAAGCUUACGAGAAUUCUUUAAUGGCAGUUUAUGGUAACUCUCCUUCCUUGUGGAUUACCAAGUGCUCUAAGUAUUGUUCCCAUAACGUGGGCGUGUGUAAAUAUUUAAGAUAGUUGACCAUGAACCAGAGGUCAUCAGGGCAAGAAACUGCCUUUACACGCUGGACAUUCUCUGACUUGAUAUGGAAGUAGUAUUUGGACAAGUAUGUAGUAUUUUUGGAGAAGUAUUGCACAAGCCAAUUUUGUACAAAUUUGUGUUUCUCUCUUUUGUGAAUAUCUUUCCAAAGUCCUUGCCAUUCCUUUGGAAUACAAAUCCAAAGAUUGUGCUCGUCCUUGUAAAAAUUGUAAUCCUGUAUAUGAAGUCAAUUUUUUGAAUUGUGUUUUCUUGUCUGGAAAGAUUAAUCAUAAUCACUACCCGUCCUCACCGGCAAUUGUGUAAAUAUGUAAACAUGUAAAAAGGUUUGUAUUGAACUGUAUAUUUCAUUACGUAAGACAUUAGUGAGAUGUGGCCUCCAUUUUCUUGUCCAUUGAACAGGGUUCCCGCAGUCAAGGACAAAUUCUAGAAAAUCCCAAAGUUUAAAGCUGUCAUGGAAAGUCGUGGAACAGUUGUGGCCUUUUAAUUUUCACAUGGAAGCAUGGCAAGUUAAUGUUGCAAUGGAAAAAAGUCAUGGAAUCCUGCACAACCAAAACGUGAUGAUGCGUAGUAUAUGGCCCUGGAGAGUCUUCCAACUUGCAUUCCAGUUACAAUACUUUGUCUUUUAUGCAUGUAUCAGGCAUGCAACUUUUCCUCAGAUCAGCUGAUUUCCUCUUCUUUUUUCUACUUCCCAUGUGUGCCAUUAAAUGUAUAAAAAAAAAAUGCUGUACAAAGUCUUGGAAAGAUUUGAAUUUCCUCUUUUUUUUUGUGGCUUCCCAGUUGCGUGCCUGAUGUAUGCUGUAUACUUGUUGCAUGUUCAGUGCACCAUUGUGAUGCUUUUGUGGUGCUCAGUGGUCGUGUGUCAAACUGGAAGGCUGAAAGGGGGUGACAACCCUUGCCUCAGUGUGAUGACUGUAAAUAGGUACCCUAAGAUGCCAACACAGCAUGGCAAUUAGUCAUGGAAAGCCCUAAAUUGUGUCGUGGAAAAGUCGUAGCAUUUCAUUUUAAGAUUUCUGUGGGAACCCUGAUAAAAGAAAACUGUUUUCAUUAAAGGAUAAACUUCAUGUGAUUUUAAAUAAACAUCUUUUUGAGGCUGUUGCAUUUGAAUGGUAUCUGUUCUCCGAAGGUGUUUUUUGGUGCUUCAUAUGCUUUCAAAUGUGAUUUUUCCAGAUUAAAUACAGUCGAGUCUCGUUAAUACAAACUCGUUCGGACCUAGCCAAAUUGUUUGUUAUAUCAGAAUUUUGUAUUAAGAGGAACAUCAGUCCCAUUCAUUGUGCACAUACAUGCACAGUCGGGACCAAGGCUUUAUGUUUGUUAUAACCAGAAUUUGUAUUAACAGAGUUUGUAGUAAACGGGAGUCGACUGUACACUGUUGCUAGUCGGGGCAAGCCGUGAGCUAGUACAAGUAUGUAAGUUUGAACUCUGCAACGAUCUGUUGUCCUUCAUGCUAUUGGCAUCGAUGGUGGACAGUGUUUAUUGGUUCUUGGCGUUUAAUAUGCAAGAGCUGGCAUCAAAGCAAUAGCCAAAGUGUUUUUCAUUCGGAGAAAUCAAAAAGGUAAUAUGUGCCAAACACAUUUUAUACAAGUCAAUGUGCCAGUACACGUAGGCCUAUUCAAGUUUAACUCACAAAAGGUGAAGAUAUAACAUCUUCAUUAAUAGUUUGUUUUUUUGUGCAAAGUUGUGAAAUGGAAGAUAACACUUCUGAAGUGUUUCAUACCUAUUAUGCCACCAGAAUUGCCCAGUAGACCUUGUUCACAAGGAAGCCAUUUUGGAUCAUGUUCCCUGCAUCUGUUUUAUAGAUUGUAAACUGUUGAAUGGGAUGGCGCCAGACUAUUAUAUGAUUGGAGUGAGUUCCAAACCUCACUUUCAAUUUCUUUUAUAAAUGUGACUUCAAACACUAGGGUAUGUUUAAUCACAAUUCUAAAUUAUUCACUAGAGCAGACUGGUAUUACUUUGUAAUGAACUUUUAUUUCAUUGCUUUCAUUUGUACUCGCAAGUUCCAAAGAUAAAGAGGUUUUAUAUGUUGCUUUCAAUUCAAUAUGGCGAGCCUGUAUCAAGUUUGAUCCUCCCAGAAUUAAGAAUUAAAGCCCUACUUUACCUGAAAACCAAAGACACUUUGUAUUUGUAAACCAGGCAAUAUUCUUGAGCUGUUUUUGUAAAUUGGAGUUUGUGUAUUCAAUUCCUUAACACGUGUAUUAAACCAAACAUUUUGAUGAAAAGAA